CAUCUACAUCAUUGCAAGGUACCAUAUCGAGUGCCUCUUUGUCGCCCCACAAAAGUCUCUCGACCUUGCAUUGCCUCUCAAAAUAUUUCCCUUGUGUCGACGAUCAUCGAUCACCAAAACAUUCUGUUGCACGCCAAUUCUCGUCCUUGCUACCCUGCCCUUCUUAAGCGGUUGAAGAACAGAACGUCCCUAUUCUUUCCUAGUCCUGUUGGAAUCGACCCCAAUCGGUUCCGCGCGGCAGGCAGAUCAUAAUCUUCCCACCAGCCCGGGCAUUUCCACACAAAAAGCCUCCCUCUGCGUCUGGAUUUUCGUUGAUCGACUUCGCUGUUGCAAAUCACCGGCCGAAACUCCUUUAGCCCUGAUUGACCACUUGGAGUGCCCACGAGUGCCUUUCAUUCUAGCCCUCAUACCCCGGUGGACACACGGCAUUCUCCAAAAAGCUUCCCUGUCGAUCGCUUCCCGCAGCACGAAUCCUUCCAAUUCGCCGCAUUUGACAACGAAGGAACACAGCCGACGUCCGGUUACUGAUUCUGCGCCAUAUCUUUUUAGACAGUGUGAACAAAAAAGGAUUUGGGGAAAGAGAAAGUCACGAACUCGCCAAUAACAUUCCUCUCGCCGAAGCAACGUAAAAGAUCCAAAGUUUGGUCCGCUACUACCUAGAACCUGCGUUCCUUGAAGGUCUAGGCCUGGAGCACCCACUAUUUCGCCGACAGAGUACACUCCAUCGCCCAUCGCAGCUGCGCCUACCCGCCAGGUUGAAUGCACUCAGAACCCCUUGCAUGUUGAGAUAAAACCUUUGUGAGACGUCCACCGGUACACAAAGUUUCAACUUCUGACACGCGACGUCAACAUCGAGGACCGGCACGAAUCAUGGCGGGGAAAAUGACCUUGUAUAAAUUGGUGGUGCUGGGAGAUGGCGGUGUAGGGAAGACGGCUCUUACGAUCCAGUUAUGUCUCAAUCAUUUCGUCGAGACCUACGACCCUACCAUCGAAGACUCGUAUCGGAAGCAGGUCGUGAUAGAUCAGCAGGCGUGUAUGCUUGAAGUUCUGGACACCGCCGGCCAGGAAGAGUAUACCGCUCUUCGUGACCAAUGGAUUCGGGACGGUGAAGGCUUCAUUCUGGUUUACAGCAUCACGUCAAGAAAUUCAUUCAACAGGAUCCAAAAAUUUCAUUCACAGGUACAACGGGUCAAAGAGUCGGGCCAUCCGAAUUCGCCUACCGGAGCAAGUUACCUGCCCACUCAAAUGAAUGGAACUCCUACCUACACCGGCCCUGUUCCGAUCAUGUUGGUUGGCAAUAAGAGUGAUAAGCACCACGAACGGGAGGUGUCAUCUCAGGAAGGCCAGGCUCUUGCGAAGGAACUGGGUUGCGAAUUUGUAGAGGCAUCUGCAAAAAAUUGUAUCAAUGUUGAAAGGGCAUUUUACGAUGUUGUACGACAAUUAAGACGACAACGACAAUCACCUACGAAGCAAGUUGACCGCAAAGGCACAAACUACGGACCUACUCCUGCCCUGCGGAACAACUUCGACGCCGAUCAUCCACGAAUCUAUCGCGAGCAUGGCCGGAAACGAGGCACUAAAUGUGUGAUAUUAUGAUUACGACAUUUCCAGCUCGAUUUGACGAGAUACUGGUUUCACGACGACUUACGACGAGUUGAUGUUUAGCGCCAGCGACAUUUUUGCAUUUUUUUGACUGGAUGCCUGCCUUGCACGCCUGCUCUUGUUGAGAUUUGCAGGCUUCUGCCUGAACUCAACAUGUCCGCAUCGUGAUUCGAUCGACAGCGUCCUUGAAGACCUGCGAGCGAGCCUCAUCCGACAUGCACCAAGAAAGAUCCAGCAUGUUGCAGAGCCGCGCCAUUUUGUCUGAACAAAAUGCUUCAGACGAAGCCCGCAUUAUAUUGCUCCUCUUUACUCAACAUUUCUUUCAGCAGUUGCCACGUCGUGUACGUCGCAUGUGAAUACCUGAGCCCUUCUAUGGCCAAUGGCCCAACAAAGUACAGUGUACCCUCGACCGUGUCUGCAUAUGCAGCACCGAGCUUGCUUUAACAAACAAUACCAGAAUCGCACGGACAAGAAUCUUCGGUCUUCGCCUCGGCAGUAGUCGGAUCUACCUUCAGGGUGGGAAAUUGAGCAGGCGAGCUUGGUCUGAUGGAAAAGGUCGAUUCACAGCAUGCUCUACAUUUCAGCCCUUUAGGCGGAAUGUGCGAGUUGCGGGUUGCCGCUUGCGGGUUCUCUGCGUGGCUAGCAGCGCCAAGUCGUCUACAUACUAGGCACAACGAAGUUCAGCGGAACACUGGUGGUUUUUGGAGCCAGAGCCUUAUGAUGCUCAGACUUUAUGUUAUAUAUUUGGGGGGUAGUUUGCGAGGAACCCUCCGGCCUCGUCCAUGCACAAAGGAGGAUAGAUGGUCCAACCGCAGGAAAGGGAAGGGCAAAAGUGUUCGAUCCUCGAUGCGACUGCAAGAGAACGCCGGUCUAAAAGAAUUCAAUCCAUGGUGAG